UGCUUGUGUGUGCUGACCCCUCAGGUCGAAAUGGACAAAGCAGGCAUAGAUAUACUGUCAAACCUGUGCAAUUGAAAAGCCAGGCCUGCUUCCGCCCUUCAUGUAUUCUCCCUUUGUAUUUAUUUCUCAGGCCUCAGCGCCAUUACAGAAUUCUUUUUCAAAAAAAAACUCUUUAACUGUAUUUGCAUGAUAUAUCACGGCACAUUUUAUAGAGAUCACAUAUAGACCACUGGGAUCUGACAGAACAGAACAUGGUUAUAGUGUUUUUUGUAUUCUUAAUAAACUAACUGUAGCGUAUAAUAUAUAGGUAUGUAUAUUUUAAUUCCACUACUUUCAAUCCUCCACCUCCUCCUCUAUUUAAAUUAAAAAAUAAAAGAAGUACUAAAAUAUAAUGAGUCUGAGUUGGGAAUAUAGAACAUUUAAUUAAGAGGGAGGGGGGCUUGUCAGAACCAUUGUUUGAUAACCGCUUUUCCCGCGUUUUCAUACAAGAAACACUGUAUCCAAUUAUAGCAAAAUAGGAAUCGAGAUUUCUGGUUUUCUCCCCUGGAUUUUACCCUCAAAAAUAGCUCAUCUUCUACUCUUGAUUUCCUACGCACAUCUCUCGAAUGGAAACCGCGUCUCCACCCGGCCGUCAAUCUAAGAAAAAAAGAAGAAGCAAAACUCUCUUCUCUUUCAAUUGCAAAUUUGGCCUCUUCUUUCUUUUCACUUUAACAAAACAAGAAAUUUAAAAUUUUUAUUUUUAAUCUCUUAUUACUCAAAUUUAAUUCAACGAUACACAUAGAUAGGUUGCAUGAAGAUGACAAUCUUAUGGUUUUAAUCCUUUUUUCCCUUCUUUUUUUCAUAUAAUUUCUUUUUCCUAUCCAUUUCUGCAUCGUAGAGUUAAAGCUAUUUAUACAGCCUAAUUUGGCUGCAUAAGAACAAAAGAUGAAAGGUCUCUUGAGAGGUUUAAGAUACAUUUCACAAAUAUUUGGUAUGUAUGUGUCUGUGUGUAUAUUCCUUUUCUAAGAAUGAUCCUUUUUUUAUUUUUCUUUUUAUUGUUCUACGGAAAAGAAAAAAAAUCCAAACUAUGUACAGUUAAAAGUCUUUUCUUGAAUUUUGCAGAUGAGAAAGAACCAGAAAUGGAAAUUGGAUAUCCUACAGAUGUAAAGCAUGUUGCUCACAUUGGAUGGGAUGGUCCCUCUGCAUCUAAGCCAAGCUGGAUGAAUGACUUUCAAUCUGCUCCAGAGAUCUCAAAUGGGACAUCGAAUUCUAUGGAAGAAGUGAAGAGCCGUUCAGUACUUUCCCUGUCAUCAGAUGCUAACCAGGGUGAAAAGCAGAAACGUAGGUCAAGACGUCAAACGAAUGCUCUUGGGUCACCUCUUAACUCCCCAAAUCGAAAAAGCAGCGAUGGAUCAAAGCAUUCUAGGCGUCAAACAACCACUGGUAUCGAGUCACCUUUAAAUUCCCCACCCAAGAAUUCUAGGCGCAACCGCUCUUCAAAUACCUCAAUGGAUUCCCCAAGCAGGGAUUCUGGCAGUGCUCGAGGCACAAGACGGCUCCAGACAUCAGAUCUUGGUGUUGAAUCACCUGUCCGCGACCAGCCCUCCAUCCCAAAACAUACUCGUGGAAGAAAAACCAAGGAACCAUCAAGAUUUAAGGACAAGAACUCUUCACAGGACAUGCUCCCUUCCUCUGAUCGUGGACCUGAGGGGUCUGAAUCCGUACAAGUGCAGGGUACAAAGAGUUACGCUAGCCAUCUAACUUCAGUUUUGGAGUUAUAUGAAGAAGAGGACAAAGUUUGAAGACAGGAUAGAGAACUCAAGUUUUCCAAAAUCAGAUGCUAAGAAUGAGAAAGUGCUGGUGGUUUGCAAGGGUGAACGAAUUCAUAGGCAGACUUAGUAUUGUGAAGUCAUACGGCGGAUGGAGUGCCUCAGCGUUGCUCCUACAUGCCCCAACUUUAGUCUGAGCGGAAUUUGCAAUUCACAGCAAUCCAGCGACCUAUUAUUGUCGAUAGGCUUUCCUAAUCAGUAGAAAUCAAAAUAUGACAGAUAAACAUAUAUGAAGCAAUCUGUUAUUGUUGGUUUGUUUUUUUUGUUUUUUUUUCCUUUUCCCCCCUCUUAUUGUUAUCAUUUCUAUAUGUAUCCUGCAAAGUGGAGAGCAUUAGCAACACUGAAAGAGUGCAUAAAAUAUGUAACCGAGUAAUAUUAUUGCAGAACAUUGUCGUAUUUCAUAAAAA